AAGCGGCCCAGCAACCAAGUUUGUGUAUGAAAACGCGCAAAGCAGUCUCCGUAACUACCUUUUCAAAGCUUCCUUCCCUGAUUAGCAAGCAUUUCCCAGCUCUUCCAUCCCUUCUUAAAACCCCCAAAAUCCUAAUUUCCAUGAGUAGUUCAAUUCCUCUCCUGCUCACACUCUUGAAAUUCCUGAGAAACCAUUUUCCUCACUCACAAGUUCCUCGUCCGCCAACAAACCCACUGUAAAUUUUCAUCGAUAGUUUUUCUUUUUCUCCUGGUUUUUUUUUUUUUUGGGAAUCCAUGGCGACGAGAAACCGGACCAUUCAGCACAAAAAGCACAGAGAUGCAGUGAAGAGCGUGCGUGAUCCUUUGUCAUCGUCGGUGUCAGGUUUGGGCGGUCCGGUUAUUGAAAUGGUUAACACUUCGAUACUACGUUCCAAUCAUGCCUCUUAUGCUCCCCUUAGCACUGAAGAUCCUGGUCCUUCCAGUGAUGCCUUUACCAUUGGUUUGCCACCAGCCUGGUUGGAUGAUACUGAAGAAAUAGCUGCAAACAUUCAAAUUGUCCGAACCAAAAUGGCUGAGUUAGUCAAGGCGCAUUCGAAAGCGUUAAUGCCUACGUUUGGAGAUGGCAAAGAAGAUCAGCGAACCAUUGAGGCUCUUACUCGUGAGAUUACUGAUUUAUUGAGGAAAUCUGAGAAGAGAUUACAGAAACUUCCUGCUAGUGAGUCACCCGAGGAUUCAAAUAUUAGAAAAAAUGUACAGCAUUGUCUUGCAACAGACCUUCAGAACCUCUCAAUGGAUCUUCGGAGAAGACAGUCAACAUAUCUUAAACGUCUGCAGCAGCAAAAAGAGGAACACGAUGGGUUUGACUUCGGGAUGAACCUAAAUGAGAACAAAUCCAGAUAUAAAGAUGAUGAAUUCAGUGACCUGGGUUUUAAUCAGCACCAAACAAUUCAGCUAAAGAAAAGUGAGCAAUUAACUGAGGAAAGGGAGAGAGAGAUUAAACAGGUUGUGGCAUCAGUAAAUGAGCUUGCUCAAAUCAUGAAGGACCUAUCUGUCCUUGUGAUAGAUCAGGGUACAAUUGUUGAUCGGAUAGACUACAACAUUCAGAAUGUUGCUUCAUCAGUGGAUGAGGGCUUUAAACAGCUGCAGAAGGCAGAAAGAUCGCAGAAGAAAGGAGGGAUGGUGAUGUGUGCAACAGUGCUUGUUAUUAUGUGCUUCAUCAUGCUAGUCCUCUUGAUCCUCAAGCAGUUAUUUUUGUGAUCAUUUUAUGUUUGUUACUGAUACCUUGGCCCGCUAGUUGAAUGUGAACCUGCAUGUUAGGUUUGCAAGCUGACUGGGAAGUGUGUAAAGAUGACCUGAAUACGUGUCUGACCCACUUGAGUUGUGGGAAAUUAUCAUCUACAUGGGAGUUUCCAUUGCAGUUUUGCCAUUGGAAGAAAAUUUUGCCAGCAGACUGGGCCUUUUCUUUCUUUCCUUUUUAGUUUUUACCCCCUUUUUUAUACAUGUAUUUUUCUGUAGGCCCUACCAUUUUUGGUUGUUAGGCUCCUCAGCAUUUUUUAAAAGUAUAGCUUUAUAUUAACAAUUUUUUCUUGCAAAUAUAUUUAAUUUAAUAAAUGUAGAAGACAUCUUACUCCAGAAUAUGGCGAAUUGAAUUAUAGAUUUUUGUAAAUUAAUAAAGCGUGUAGUUUGAAUGUGGCUUGUGAGGCCUUUAGCGUUCAAGGAGGCUUAGAGAUGGUUGUCAUUGGUGAGCACCCACAAGUAUCCCCAGAAAGUCGCCUAGAGUCCAAUUCUUUUACAUGAUUCAUGUCAGUAUUGGAGGAGCAUGAUUGCUCAGAAUUCUCGGACUGCUUCAGUUGCUGAUUCAUUUGAUGAUUCUUAUGAGACUGCUAAAUUGACCUACGAGCCUUAACUUUAUCUCCAACAUUUAGAUCAUGAGAUGUUUCAUGGAGCAUUUAUCUAGCAAGGGGUAGCACCAGUUCUAAUAAAAUAUAGCAUUGCUGGGCAAUCAGACAAAUGAUUCUUCUGCACAGACCUCUCGAGCCUCCUUGUUCUGCAUUUCUCGUGCAGCUUUCUUCUUCAUGGAUAGGAAAGGUUAGAUACUGUCAUGUUCUCAUUGAAACUAGAGUUCAUCUCUUUAUGUUUGGACAGAUCUUUCAUCAUCAAUUCAAGUAUAAUCAACUAAAUUGUCUCGCAUGAGAUUUUAUAUUGCUUA